AUGCCACAUCACGUGGAUCACUAUGGAGUACCCAUUGUGCGAGUGCCUCCUGCUGUCACGGGACGUGCGCUCGAAGACAUUCUCGAACUGGCACCCAAAGAAGGGGCCGCCCGGUUUGAAUUCUACGAAUCCAAUAUUGCCAACAAACUUGGCUUGGGAAAAGCCAUACGGUAUGCCCUGGACGUGGGGAUGGACUCUAUAGAGACGACAGUAGUGGCAUUGGCGCAGGACUUGUACCAACGGUUGUUGCGGCACAAUCCAAAGAUUCGGGUCCACCAUCCUCCCGCCAGUGGGAUUGUUACAUUUUACAUUCCCGGCAUGCCAUCCCGAGAGCUCAAGGCCAAGCUGGACUCUGCCAACUUUGAAACGAGCUUGGUACCGGCCACGUCAACACCUUUGGAUUCGUCGCAGACACAAGUGCCAGACAUGGUCCGGGUGUCACUCUCCUACACCAACACGAAACAAGAUUCGGAUGACUUGUGUCAUGCACUAGUAGAGACAAUCGUGUCGGCAACAGCACAGGAGAGCUGA